UCUGGCCACAGCACCCGGAACUAAAGCUGACAUGUCAUAAGAUCAGUGGAGUUAUACUACGUGUGUCACUGACAUCAUCCGUGUUUGAAGCAGCCAUGGCAGCCACUUCAUGUCCAGAUGUGUCCGAGCUGGUGGCGGAGGCUCGCCGUCUGUAUGAGCAGGUGUUCGGGGGAGAGGCUCCUCUGACGGCGGUGUGCGCUCCUGGAAGAGUGAACCUGAUAGGAGAGCACACCGACUACAACCAGGGAUUUGUGCUUCCUAUGGCGCUGCCCCUUGUCACUGUGGUGAUCGGGAGCCAAACCUCUGGUCGGGAUGUUACCGUGGUAACGACAACUAAGGAUGCUGAUGAGCCUCGGAGGGUGGACUUCACCCUGCCUGUUGAUGGAUCACCGCUGUCUCCAGGGUUACCCAGCUGGGCAAACUAUGUGAAGGGUGUCAUACAGCAUUACAGGGCUCCUCCUGUCCCCGGCUUCAGGGCGGUGAUAGCCAGCACCGUCCCCUUGGGAGGAGGUCUGUCCAGCUCUGCCUCCCUGGAGGUGGCUUUCUACACGUUCCUGCAGCAGCUCAAGCCAGAUGAUGGAGACAAGGUAUCUAAAGCGGUCGCCUGUCAGCAGGCAGAACACACUCAUGCUGGGGUACCGUGUGGCAUUAUGGAUCAGUUUGUGUCCACUCUCGGCAGGGAGGGGCACGCUUUGCUCAUUGACUGCAGGUCCCUGGAGGCCACCUCUGUCCCUCUUGCAGAUCCAGGCCUGGUCAUUCUCAUCACUAACUCCAACGUGAAGCACUCUCUAACCGGCAGCGAGUACCCCACAAGGCGCAGACAGUGUGCCGAGGCUGCCUCCAUCCUAGGAAAGGAGAGUCUGAGAGAUGCUACCAUGAAUGAUCUGGAGGAGGCGAAGGACAGACUGGAUGAUGUAACCUAUCGAAGAGCUCGUCAUGUGAUCGAGGAGAUCCAAAGAACCGUCCAAGCUGCCGAAGCCCUGAAGAGAGGAGCCUACAGAGAGUUCGGCAAACUCAUGGUGGAGAGUCACAACUCACUAAGAGACUUGUAUGAGGUGAGCUGCAGGGAGCUGGAUGAGCUGGUGUCUACAGCCAUGGAGGUGGAGGGGGUGUUUGGCAGCCGGAUGACAGGUGGAGGAUUCGGCGGAUGUACUGUGACUUUGCUGCAGGCCCACGCCAUCGACAGGACUAUACUCCACAUACAGGAGCGAUACAGUGGAAGCCCGACUUUCUAUGUCGCAACUCCUUCAGAGGGAGCUCGGCCUCUCAGUCUGUCCUGAACAUCUCUGAGCACAACACAUUCAUUACUCUUUAUUGGCUUAAUUGAUUUUUUUUUAUUUACUAUUAAAAAUGAAAUAAUAUGUUGUUGCUAUGCAAACUGGCGCUGAUUGAAAGCAUUUUUGUAUAAUCUGGGAAAAUUGCCGUCACAGUAAAGCAAUGCUUUAUUGUCUGGAUAGCUGUUUAUAUCACGGUGUAUCACUGUCUUCCAUGGAAUAAAUCAUGUUGUUUAGAAAAAGUGAAUCUUUUUUUAAUGUGAUAUUUUUCUUAAAUUGAAUUUAAUAUCAACAUCUAAUGUCAGAACAGAUAAUUAUCACCAGCCAGCUUUUUUAGCUUCAUGUAGCUCAUUGUUUUUACAUUUACAGCCUCAGGGCUAUUAAAAUCAGCAGCUGGUUUUAGCAGGAAAAAGUGACAUAGUGCAGCAUUUAGCAGCUAAAGAGACACAGAGAUCUUUCCCUCUGGCAAUGGUUCAGGGGAGAGUGAAUGUUGUACUAACAUCAGGUGUACACAAAGGUGUGUCCAUUGGGGUGAUCAUGUUACUCUAUGUCUACCGGAUGUGUAAGCAAGAAUUCAUCUGUAAACACACAAUAAACAAUAAUAACUCUGUAAGGCAAUGAAAUAUCAGGACAAAUAUAAAGGAACAUUCAUGUUUUAAGGCCCUGCACACUCAUGUGGGUGUUUUAAUCCUGUUUAAUGGAUCUUUGCUUGGUCGAUGUUGGUCAGAGCUGAACUGUGUGGCAUCUCUAAAAAUAAUAUACUAAUAAAAAUACUGAGUUUGUACAGGUGACAGCAAAACUUACCGGAGUCAGUUAGAUGUGCAUUAAAGACAUGUAUGUAGAGGGUUUAAAAUAUGAAGCUGUUUUCUGUUUUUUUCUUCAGAUAAAUGAAGUUUCACAUUUCUGCACUUUCCCUUUAAAGGUCACUGGAAGUCUUAUCUUAGCCUGCACCACUGUUACAAAUCAACUGAUCACAAUAUACUGUGUUUGGAAUAUGAGAAUAAACAAGAUUGCAAUUUUCA